UCAAUGUUUCGCCGUGUCGGGAUCAGAGGACGCAAAUCAAGUGAAACAAAUCUUCUGACAGGGGAAAAGUUCAUGCUGGAGUUUUCAAAGAGCUCAGAGGGACAUAUGAAGUCCAAGCUGAAUAUGGAGAGUUUGACCAAGCCAGAGUUGCUGAUGCUCUUCAGUAUCCUGGAGGGAGAGCUGGAGGCCCGGGACCUGGUCAUCGAUGCCCUGAAGGCCCAGCGUAAAGAGCUGUUUAUCCAGGAGCGCUAUGGCAGGUACAACCUCAGCGACCCCUUCCUGGCCUUGCAGAGAGACAGUGAGGCUGUUGGGGGCCAGAACAAGGACCCAGGCUGUUCCUCCCCCACCUCCAAUCCUCUGGUGGUUCUCAAACUGGUGGUGAGCCACUGCAGGAGGAUGCAGGAGAAGAUGUUGGCCCAGCUGGCUGCAGCGGAGAGCAGGCACAGAAGGGUCAUUGCAGAUCUGGAGGAGGAAAAGAGGAGGCAUGCCGAGGACACAGCAGAGGGAGACGAUGUCACUUACAUCCUGGAGAAAGAGAGGGAACGCUUACAACAACAGCUGGAAUUUGAGCGGAGCCAAGUCCGACGGUUGGAAAAAGAACAGCGGCGGAUUACUGACCAGCUAGAAGAAGAACGGGCUCAGCACAAACAGCUCUCCUGUGCUUUGGCCAAAGAGUGCAAGUGGGCCAGCGCCAGGGCUCUGGAGGAGGGUCACCGGCUGACUGAGCUGAGUCGCAAAUUCGACAAGGAAAAAGAGGCUUGUCAGGCCCUGCGGAAGGAGCUGGAGGAUGAGAGGAGGAGAGCCCUGAGAAUGGAAGCGAGGGUGGAGGAGCAGCUUGCCGAGUUUGAUACGGAGCGAGAGCAGCUCCGCUCGCGUUUGAAGAAGGAGGAAGCUCACUGUUGUCUGCUACAACAACAGGUGGAAGAGCUGAAGAGGAAGCUGGAGGAGGCCAAUACGAUGAGAGAUGUUAAGGGGGUAGUUACAGCUCAAGUGGAGGUACAAGAAAAGGUGUGGGCCACUAAAGUUCCCCCAGUAAAGACAGCAGUAGACACUAUUAAGGUCGAGGACAUUGAGGAAGACAGAAACCAGCAAACUGUGCAGCCAAAAGUCAACGGCCACCACAGUCCAACGGAGACCAAUGGGCACCAUGGUCCAAACAACGCCCUCUCAGAGAAGGUCUGCCUACAGAAUGGGAAUGAAAAUCCUCCAGUUCAUCAGACCCAGACAUCGCUCUCAUCCUGCAGUGCCACGCCCUCCACUCUUCCUCCUUCCUCGCCCUGCGCCUCGCCUGUCCUUGCCAAACACCCACCAGGCAGCCCGAGCCCUGGUAGUUACCAGUCUCCCUACCAGGCCGGGAUCAACCAGCGCUUCCACGCUGCUCGUCAUAAGUUCCAGGGCACCGUUGAACCAGAGCCUCAGUCACAGGCCGCGCAGCCUCCCCUCUCGCCAAAGGAGGUCCCCCCUGUGACCAGCAGCUCCUCCGUAGAAGCCAGCCCAGUCAAGCAGAUGGCCCGCAGCACAGUCACUCAAGUCCUAUCUCGUUUCACAACCGUCCAGCAGAGUGUUACACCAAAGCUCGCAGCACCGAACAAUUCACCCUUCGGCACAGACUACCGCAGCCUGGCAGCGCCCUUGUCUCCGGUCAUCGGAAGGGCUGCAGGAAUACUUCCGCAGGGGAUCAGAUCACCCACCAUCCCGAGGGCAGACAGGGGCAACCCUCCACCCAUCCCCCCCAAGAAGCCCGGUCUGGCUCAGGCCCCUCCCUCCCCGGCCGCAGUGCCCAGGUCGUCCAGCCAUUUCUCUGACAGCCCCCUCUCAGGAAGCUGUGGCCUCACCUCGAGCCAGGAGGGAGUCAAAGAACUGGACAUGGUGGUUUCUUCUAAUUAACUGAUUGUUUGAUUUGUCAAGAAAUUAGUCAGCUGCUGCUCUGCUUGUGACACGAUGGUUUAACCCACAUCAUAGAAUUAUGAUUGAGAUAUUGUUUUGUACAUGACAGGAUUUGUAUCCUAUGCUUAUUUGAACAGAGAUCCCUUUAAACACUGUUAUAAUUGUAUUUAUUAGAUUAUUUUUUAAAUAUGUGCUGAGGCACUAUUUUAGGUAGUGGUUCAGGGGCUGGUACUAAUGAGAAGUUAGUUUUAGUGUCAAAUGUGCCAAUACUGUAUGUUGGGCACACCUUACUGUUACAAAAUAUUAAGUCUUUUUAUGUCGUUUUAUGUCCAAAGAAUACAAAUCAAUUUAUCACAUGAAGAGUUUUUUUCCCCCUAUACUUUGUCUCUAGUAUGUUGCUUGUUAUUACAACAAAUACUGUAAUCUUCAGACCAAAUAUAGUCCUUGGACCAAUGUAUGUUACAUUGUCUCAUUUCAAUGUGCACUCAUGUACGUAGCUGUCGUUUUUAUAAAAAUGUAUAGUUCAUUUUAUAAAUGUUCCUUAGUUAUUAAUGUCUUGAUAGUUUUACACAACAGAUUAUCUCAUCAGUGUUGUACUGAGCUUUGUUCAUGUAUUACUUUAAUGAAGCAUAGUUAUGAUAAUCUUAUAGGCUCAUGUUCAGGAAUCAUUGUACAAUAUCUUGUUUGAGAUUAGUGAUUCUGAUGAAUGUCACCCCUUUGUCAUCUAUAAGAAACCAUUUUAAAACACAAGUAUUAUAUAGUCAAACAAGGCUUUGAUAAAUAUAACACAACUGCCGUGUUGGUUAUCUCUUUUACCAGAUCCUUUACAGUAUUGUAUAUGCUGGAAAGUUACAGAUUUAAUAAAUGAAUCCC